GAGCGGAUGUUGACGAUAGCGGCACGCGAGACGACGCCAGUCUCGAAAAACUCAGGAUCAGUCGUCGAAAAGCCGUUCACGAUACUAGUUUCGUUCCUCCGCGCACGAUCACCGCUACCUCAGACACGAACAGAAGAAUCAGAAGGAAGUCUUCACGUGCAGCCCUAGUCGAAUGGUCGUCCGAGUUGCCGAGGAACACUGAUCCAAGCAUCUCAGGGUUUCAACGGAACAGCAAGAGCUAGAUUUCGUCUGUACGAGAUGAAGGAACAUCAGAAUAUGAUCUCUGUGUACAGCCUUCUAGUCCUCGUACUGGUCUUGAACAGCGUCGACAGUAGUUCUCGACAAUGGUACAAGCCACCUCGUUCAACCAACAUCGAUUACGGAAAUGUCGACUACCCAUCUUUGAUGUAUGACAUGGACGACAUGAAGGCUCCUGUCCCUCCACAGACAAACGAGAAAUGGCCUUUCAGGCAUGAAAAGGCGAUGAAAGUAACCCGGCGAGCUGUGAACAACUUGAACAAAGAGCUAGAUGCCAUUUACUUCCCUGACAACGAAGGGAAGCAGCUGAUGCUGAGGAAUGGCAUUGUACCUAAAUGCAAUGGAACAACCUUCUGUGAGAAUGUCUCGGAGUACCCUACGAAUAUGAUAAACGAUAUCAUCGAGAAAAAUCCGUAUCUUCGUAAUUACGAGAGCGCCGAUGCGGUAGAUAUCGGGUUCAGACAAAACACUGCAACCGAGGUACUCUGUCUCUCGAAUGAGCAGAUCGUCCGUCCACAAUCAGCGGAAAAUGUGAACAACGAGUGGCUGUACAUCUUUAACAACUCAAACUUUACACAGGGAAUACUCAUAGAAACUUGCGCGAACGAGGGAAGUAGUUGUAGAUUAGUGGAAGGUUUCGCCGGAGGCUACGUUACUUCCUGUAGACAAAAAUACAGUUAUCGUCAGCUGGUAGCAAUCGGGGCGAAUGGCUCAGUUAGUCAUGACCACUUCCGGUUUCCAUCCAGUUGCUGCUGCCAUGUUGAAUUCACCGCCCUUUCAGCGCUCAGGCUCAACCCAACAGAUCGCCUGAAAAAGACACCAGUUGUUGAUGCAAACGCAGAUUGAUCUCAUUUAUCUUAUUUAAAUUUUGUCUAAUUUUUAUUUUGUAUUGAAAAAUAGAAUAGUUAACAGGCA